GCCCUGUAUUUUAGCUGCAGCUGGCCCCUCCCCAGGCUGAGCAGUAGAGGAGAGAGAGGAAGAGAGAGAAGCAUAAACCUCGAAGAAAUUAGGUUGAGGGCACUUUAAAUCUUUCCUGUCCCUGCUUGCUCAUUCCUGUCUGGUACAAUAUAAUCAGAUCCUCUCCGAGUCAAGCCCCUUUCCUUACUGAAGGCAGCCUGGAAUUGCUCUGCGUGUGUGUGUGUGUGUGUGUGUGUGUGUGUGUGAGGGAGAGACAGACCGAUUGUGAUUUUCCUGUGCAGUGCUGCUCUCUCCAGUCUGAGCCAGGAGGGGAUAGAGACUUCUCUGCACUGAAGUGGAGUUUGCCAUUUGCGGUGGGCUUGCUGGCAUUUCUCCGCCGGCAGGGAGCCUUUGGGAGAACGGGGAGAUGGCUAGGAGGGGCUGGGUCCUUCCAGUCCCUGGCUGAGUUUCCCAAGCUCCACUAUUUUUCUCUACUGGGGGAAAGUGUUGGCUGGGGGGGUUCUGCAGCCUUUCGCGCUGUUGAACUGGAGUGAACUGGGACUCCUCUGACUUUUUUUCCCCUGGAAAGAUCCCCCCCCCCUCCCUUUCCUUUCCUUUCCUUUCCUUUCCUUUCCCAGUUGAUUGUGAGAUUCUGUUUGGAGGGGCUUGACCCCUCUGCACCUUUUGGGUUCUGUCGCCUGACACCGGAUCUCACCCAGCCGCUUGUUACGAUUCAGAAUUAUUUUUGCUCUUCUCCUACCUGUUGGCUGGUGGCCGAGGAAGUUUCUGCACUUCUAGGUUGGCGAGGAUUUUGCCCCUCUGGAUUCCCUGCACUUCAGGAUGCUGCUGCUGGGGAAGAGGAUGUAACAGACUUGCACGGGGAGGCAGAUCCUUUUUCUCUCCCUCGAUUUCCCUAUUUGGAGAGGAUACAGAUUUGGGGUGCUGAGCUGGGCUUGCUCAUUGUUUUCUCUUUUCUCCUCGGGGGAGAUUCAGGGAAGAUACCACUGCUUUUUAGUAGCUGAUUUGUUGGGGUAAUCUGAAUUUUUUACCCUUGGAGUGUGGUCUCUAUUGAUCUGCUGGCUUCCCUCGGAGUUUCUAGCCAAGGACCUUAUGGGAUUUUCCUUCAAUCUACUUCAUGGUCUAGGGUUUCGGUGGAGCUGGCCAUGAUGUUCCGGGUCCUGGUGGCUGCCCUCUUCCCAGCUGUGAUCCUGGCCGCGCCGCCUCCCAUUAACAAACUGGCCCUUUUCCCAGACAAGAGCGCUUGGUGCGAGGCGAAGAACAUCACCCAGAUUGUGGGGCACAGCGGCUGCGAGUCCAAGUCCAUCCAGAACAGGGCCUGCUUGGGACAGUGCUUCAGCUACAGCGUUCCCAACACCUUCCCUCAGUCGACGGAGUCCCUGGUGCACUGUGACUCCUGCAUGCCCGCACAGUCCAUGUGGGAAAUCGUAACGCUGGAUUGCCCGGGCAAUGCCGAGAUCCCCCGAGUCGACAAGCUGGUGGAGAAGAUCCUCCGCUGCAGCUGCCAGGCCUGCGGGAAGGAGCCGAGCCACGAGGGGGCGCUCUUCAACGUCUACCUGAACGCGGAGGAGAACCUGCUCUCCACCGUAGGCUUGGAGCUGGAUUAA